ACAAGGAGAAGAAAUACAUUUGCGAUCGGUGAGUAUCAAUAAAAUUUAUGAAAAAUUGUUUUAUUUGAAAAAUAUAAAAAUGUUUUUUCUUUCCAGAUGUUUGCAUUAUUUCCAUUCAAAUGGAAAGUUGGAAGCCCACAGCGUGGACUGCCAAAAGAUAAAUAACUGCGCGAUCGUAUUACCCAGCGAGAAGGACAAGUGGCUCAGUUUCAACAACCACAGCAGGAAGGAACGCGUGCCGUUUGUAGUGUACGCGGACCUUGAGUGCAUCUUAAAAAAGACUGAUACCGAUACCAAAGCAUACCAGCACCACCAGGUAUUUAGCAUCGCGUACUACGUUCACUGCUCGUAUGACAACUCGCUGUCAAUGUAUCGGUUCCGUCGCGAUAAGGAUUGUAUCACAUGGUUCGCGGGCGAACUUAAUAACUUAGCGCAUCGCGUGCAAAAUAUUUUAUCAAUUAAUGUCCCCAUGGAAACGCUUUCGAAAGAACAGUGUGAACAAUUUAAUAGCGGCACGCACUGUCAUAUUUGUGAGAAACCAUUAGCACCAGGCGACAUUCGAGUACGCGAUCAUUGUCAUCUAACCGGGCGGUAUAGAGGUCCUGCACAUUCUAAUUGUAACCUAAAUUAUAAAGACUCACAUUUUAUUCCUAUAGUUUUCCAUAAUUUAUCCGGCUAUGAUGCACAUUUCAUAAUUAAAGAAAUCGCAACCGCGUUCGAGGGCACGGUUAAUGUAUUGCCGAUAACGAAGGAAACGUACAUUUCCUUUACAAAAAAUGUUAAAAAUGCUGCGAUAAACUCCAAGCGGCAAAAUUGUAUACAGCUGCGAUUUAUUGACUCGUAUAAAUUUCUGAGUACCAGUCUCAAUAGAUUGGCAUCGUUUCUCAAUACAGAUAAAUUAAAAAUUACACGAUCCGAAUUUUCAACAUUAUCCAGUGACGAUUUCAAUUUAUUAACGCGCAAAGGUGUAUUUCCAUAUGAGUAUAUAGAUUGUGCAGACAAGUUGCAGGACCUAUGCAUACCACCGCGCGAAUCAUUUUUUAGUUCUUUGACCGGUGACACCGUAUCCGAGAGCGAUUACGCACAUGCUUUGAAUGUAUGGCAACGAUUCUCCAUCGAAACUCUGGGAGAUUACAGUGAUUUAUAUUUGAAAACCGAUGUCUUGUUAUUGGCUGACAUUUUUGAAAAUUUUCGCAAUAGUAGCAUUAAAAGUUAUGGGUUAGAUCCUGCGCAUUAUUAUACUUUACCCGGUUUCACGUGGGAUGCCAUGAUGAAACAUACGCGUAUAAAUUUCGAACUGCUCACCGAUAUUGACAUGGUUAUGUUUGUGGAACGCGGCAUACGCGGCGGUCUCAGCUAAUGUUCCGGUAGAUAUGCUCGAGCCAAUAACAAGUACAUGCAGUCUUACGAUCCCGCGAAACCUUCCUCGUACCUGAUGUACUUUGACGUAAAUAAUCUGUACGGGUGGGCAAUGUGUCAGCCGCUGCCUUACGCGAAUUUUCAAUGGGUCACUAACGUUGCUGAUUUUAAUGCAAAUGCGAUCGCUCCGGAUGCACUCACGGGGUACAUUCUCGAGGUCGAUCUUGAGUAUCCACAGCAUCUUCACGACCGCGACGCGCACGCCGAUCUACCGUUUUGUCCGACGCGUGAUAAGCCACCAGGCAAGCGGCAGAACAAACUUCUCGCGACAGUGUAUGAUAAGAAGCGUUAUAUCAUACACUACCGUAACCUGCAGCAGUGCACGCGUCACGGUCUGCGUGUCACAAAGAUACAUCGUAUAUUGGAGUUUUUGCAAUCUCCAUGGCUUCGCAAAUAUAUCGAGCUUAAUACUCAGUUUAGAACAUGUGCAACAAACGAUUUCGAAAAAAAUUUGUAUAAAUUAAUGAACAACGCGGUAUUCGGUAAAACAAUGGAAAACGUGCGGAAUCACGUCGACGUUAAACUUAUAACUAAAUGGGAUGGUCGCUACGGUGCCGAGACGAUGAUCUCCAAACCGAAUUUUCAUAGUCGCAGCAUUUUUUCCGAAAACUUAAUUGCCGUGGAGUUGCGAAAACUCGAGGUAAAAUUCAACAAGCCGAUCUACGUGGGUAUGUGCAUCCUCGACAUAUCCAAGAUCUGCUUGUAUGAAUUUCACCAUGAAUAUAUGUUACCCCUGUACAGAGACAAGUGUAAAAUUAUGUACACCGAUACGGACAGUCUCAUAUACCACAUCAAGUGCGAGGAUGUAUAUGAGACGAUGAAACGCGAUAUACAUAUACGAUUCGACACGAGCGAUUAUCCUGUAGAUAACGCAUACGGUAUACC